UUCUGCAGGACAUCUUAGAUACACUCUUUGUGAUUUUGGAUGAUAAUACAGAGAAGUACGGCCUGUUGGUUUUUCAGUCUCUGGUGUUCAUCAUCAACCUGCUCCGAGACAUCAAGUAUUUUCACUUUCGACCUGUGAUGGACACGUAUAUCCAGAAGCACUUUGCUGGAGCUCUGGCAUACAAGGAGCUCAUCCGCUGUUUGAAGUGGUAUAUGGACUGCUCAGCAGAACUGAUUCGACAGGACCACAUUCAAGAAGCCAUGCGGGCCUUGGAGUACCUUUUCAAGUUCAUUGUACAGUCACGGAUCCUGUACUCACGAGCCACUUGUGGAAUGGAAGAGGAACAAUUCAGAUCCAGUAUCCAAGAACUUUUCCAGUCCAUCCGGUUUGUGCUCAGUCUGGACAGCAGAAACUCAGAAACACUCCUUUUUACUCAGGCUGCACUCCUCAAUUCUUUCCCAACCAUCUUUGACGAGCUGCUGCAAAUGUUCACCGUGCAAGAGGUGGCAGAGUUUGUGAGAGGGACACUGGGGAGCAUGCCCAGCACUGUGCACAUUGGGCAGUCAAUGGAUGUGGUCAAGCUGCAGUCCAUUGCCAGGACAGUGGAUAGCCGCCUGUUUUCCUUCUCAGAAUCCCGCCGCAUCCUGCUUCCUGUGGUUCUCCAUCACAUUCACCUUCACCUGAGGCAGCAGAAAGAGCUGCUUAUUUGCUCAGGAAUUCUUGGCAGCAUCUUCUCCAUCGUCAAGACCAGCUCUCUGGGCGAAUAUGUGUCCUGCCUUCUCUCACUGCUCCGCCAGAUGUGUGACACCCAUUUCCAGCACCUCCUGGACAACUUCCAGAGCAAAGAUGAACUCAAGGAAUUUCUGCUGAAGAUUUUUUGUGUGUUCCGGAACCUAAUGAAGAUGAGUGUCUUCCCUCGGGACUGGAUGGUAAUGAGACUGCUCACAAGCAAUAUUAUAGUCACUACUGUCCAGUACCUGUCCUCUGCACUGCACAAGAAUUUCACAGAGACUGACUUUGACUUUAAGGUGUGGAAUUCUUAUUUUAGCCUGGCAGUUCUAUUCAUAAAUCAGCCAAGCCUUCAGCUAGAAAUUAUCACCUCAGUCAAAAGGAAGAAGAUCCUAGAUAAGUAUGGGGACAUGCGUGUAAUGAUGGCUUAUGAACUGUUCAGCAUGUGGCAGAAUUUGGGUGAACAUAAGAUCCACUUUAUUCCGGGAAUGAUUGGUCCUUUUCUGGGUGUGACACUGGUCCCACAGCCAGAAGUACGGAAUAUCAUGAUUCCCAUCUUUCAUGACAUGAUGGACUGGGAGCAGAGAAAAAAUGGCAACUUCAAACAGGUGGAGGCCGAGUUGAUUGACAAGCUGGACAGCAUGGUAUCAGAAGGGAAAGGUGACGAGAGCUACAGGGAGCUCUUCAGCCUACUAACCCAGCUGUUUGGGCCCUACCCCAGCCUGCUGGAGAAGGUUGAACAAGAAACAUGGCGUGAGACCGGCAUUUCCUUUGUGACCUCAGUCACCCGCCUCAUGGAACGUCUUCUUGACUACAGGGACUGCAUGAAAGGAGAGGAAACAGAGAAUAAGAAGAUUGGCUGUACUGUUAACCUGAUGAAUUUUUACAAAUCUGAGAUUAACAAGGAAGAAAUGUAUAUCCGCUACAUCCAUAAGCUUUGUGACAUGCACUUGCAGGCCGAAAACUACACAGAGGCUGCAUUUACCCUGCUCCUUUACUGUGAGCUGCUGCAGUGGGAGGACCGGCCACUGCGGGAAUUCCUCCAUUACCCAUCGCAGACAGAGUGGCAGCGGAAGGAGGGACUGUGCCGGAAGAUCAUUCACUACUUCAACAAAGGCAAGAGCUGGGAGUUUGGGAUCCCACUGUGCAGGGAGCUGGCGUGUCAGUACGAGAGCCUCUAUGAUUACCAGAGCCUCAGCUGGAUUCGGAAAAUGGAGGCCAGCUACUAUGACAACAUUAUGGAGCAGCAACGCCUGGAGCCUGAGUUCUUUCGGGUCGGCUUCUAUGGCAGGAAGUUUCCUUUCUUUCUUCGGAACAAAGAAUACGUAUGCCGUGGCCAUGACUACGAGAGGCUGGAGGCCUUCCAGCAGAGGAUGCUCAGUGAGUUCCCGCAGGCUGUCGCCAUGCAGCACCCCAACCAUCCUGAUGACGCCAUCCUACAGUGCGAUGCCCAGUACUUGCAGAUCUAUGCAGUGACGCCCAUUCCAGAUUAUGUGGAUGUUCUGCAGAUGGAUAGGGUACCAGAUCGCGUCAAGAGCUUCUAUCGCGUCAACAACGUGAGGAAGUUCCGGUACGACAGGCCUUUUCACAAAGGCCCCAAGGACAAGGAGAAUGAAUUCAAGAGCCUGUGGAUUGAACGUACCACACUGACCCUGACCCACAGCUUGCCUGGCAUCUCUCGGUGGUUUGAAGUGGAGAGGAGGGAACUGGUGGAGGUGAGCCCUCUGGAGAAUGCCAUCCAAGUGGUUGAGAAUAAGAACCAGGAGCUACGUUCCCUGAUCAGCCAGUAUCAACACAAGCAGGUGCAUGGCAACAUCAACCUGCUAAGCAUGUGCCUGAAUGGUGUCAUUGAUGCAGCUGUCAAUGGAGGCAUUGCACGCUAUCAGGAGGCCUUCUUUGAUAAAGAUUACAUCAACAAGCACCCAGGAGAUGCUGAGAAGAUCACCCAGCUCAAGGAGCUUAUGCAGGAGCAGGUUCAUGUCCUUGGAGUUGGGCUAGCAGUUCAUGAGAAGUUUGUGCACCCAGAAAUGCGACCUCUGCAUAAGAAGCUAAUUGAUCAGUUCCAGAUGAUGCGGGCCAGUCUCUACCAUGAGUUUCCAGGUUUGGAUAAGCUAAGUCCUGCAUGUUCAGGCACCAGCACCCCACGGGGAAAUGUUCUGGCAUCCCAUAGCCCCAUGAGUCCGGAGAGCAUCAAGAUGACCCAUCGGCACAGCCCCAUGAACUUGAUGGGCACAGGCCGCCAUUCAUCAUCCUCUCUCUCCUCACAUGCGUCUAGUGAAGCAGGAAACAUGGUGAUGCUGGGCGACGGCUCCAUGGGCGAUGCUCCCGAGGACCUGUACCACCACAUGCAGCUUGCGUAUCCCAACCCCAGGUACCAGGGCUCGGUCACCAACGUCUCUGUUCUGUCCUCGUCCCAGGCAAGCCCUUCUUCCUCCAGCCUGAGUUCCACUCACUCAGCACCAUCCCAGAUGAUUACCUCUGCCCCUUCCAGUGCCCGAGGCUCUCCCUCUCUGCCAGAUAAGUACCGCCAUGCCCGUGAAAUGAUGUUGUUGCUGCCCACAUACCGGGACCGCCCAAGCAGUGCCAUGUAUCCAGCAGCCAUUCUGGAGAACGGACAGCCACCGAAUUUCCAGCGAGCCCUGUUCCAGCAAGUGGUCGGAGCCUGCAAACCUUGCAGUGAUCCCAAUCUGUCUGUGGCUGAAAAAGCUGUGCCAGCAGCCCCCAGCAGCUGGAGUCUGGAUAGCGGAGCCCAAGAGGCCCAGCCCUUCCUGUCUGCCCAUAUGGGGCGCAUCCUGGCCCCCCCAGUGCCUCCCCGAAGCCUGCUGCAUGGUCAUUACUCCCUACACUUUGACGCCUUCCACCACCCUCUGGGUGAUACCCCCCCAGCCCUCCCUGCCCGGACCCUGCGCAAGUCUCCUCUCCACCCUAUCCCAGCCUCCCCAACAAGCCCCCAGUCAGGUCUGGACGGCAGCAACUCUACGCUGUCCGGCAGUGCCAGCAGCGGUGUGUCCUCCUUGAGUGAGAGUAACUUUGGGCACUCCUCGGAGGUCCCACCUCGCACUGACACCAUGGACUCCAUGCCAAGCCAGGCCUGGAAUGCUGACGAAGAUCUUGAGCCACCCUACCUCCCUGUCCACUACAGCCUCUCUGAAUCUGCCGUCCUGGACUCCAUCAAGGCCCAGCCAUGCCGAAGCCACUCAGCCCCAGGGUGCGUCAUCCCUCAGGACCCCAUGGACCCGCCUGCGCUGCCGCCCAAGCCCUACCACCCCCGCCUGCCAGCCCUGGAGCACGAUGAGGGGGUGCUGCUGCGUGAAGAGACUGAGAGGCCUCGAGGCCUGCACCGCAAGGCUUCAUUGCCUCCUGGGAGCGCUAAGGAGGAGCAGGCCCGCAUGGCUUGGGAGCACGGCCGAGGGGAGCAGUAAGGGGCAAUGAGGCGGCUGGGAUGCCGCCCUCAGUAAGCAGCUUGCCAACCACUCCAGGUCUGAAAAGCAAGUCCCCCAGCCCGACCCCAGGGAGCCAGAGAGGCUUGGCACUCAGGAGAGAACCACCCCAAGUCUCCAUUCUACUGCCGUGAACUCAUGUGUUGCCAUGUACAGAGGCCACAGCAGCAUGAAGGGUUGUGGCUUCCCUUUUUAUUUUUUUACAUUUCCAUUUCUAUGGGUUUUCCUUUCUUUCCUUUAUGCAGUAGAUGCUUUCUUCCUCCUGCAGUUCUGGACCAUGUGGAGCUAUAUGGAGAAAUUGCACAGACAGAAUCACUUUGCCACACUGCAGGGCCCAGGAGCGGGAGCCCAGGCCCUCCCUCCAGGGUAGAGAUGCACAGAAUGGAAAUUGCACUAAGGACCUCUUCCUUUGCUGUAUGGACAGAAGAGUUCAUGGUUGCAUUCAGGGAUUGCAAGGACCAUAUAGACAUGUCACAGGUGGAAAAAGGGCCACAAGCCGUCUUGCACAAAUGCCUGUCCACCUGCCCCUCUUCCAUCCAGGAGUGUGCUACUGAGGGGCUGGCUGGACCAACCUGCUGGCUCAGGCAUGUGACUGGCUUAACUGCAUGCCCAGGGAACUGCCAGGGUUCAAUGGGCCAGCCGUCUCCUCCAUCUUGGAUUUUUCUCUCCAUCACAUUAUUUCUGACCAUUUGCUCCCUUCCAUUCUUGAAACACCUCAUGCCCCACAGGAGCCCCAGUGGUGACUGGAUCUGCAAAGGUUAUCUCCCACCCUCUGGGGUUUGAGUGGAGGUAUGGAGCCAAAGGGGCUAUCUUAGCCACCUUCCUCCUAGGGGGAGCUGGUCCCCUUCCUAUGUGGUAGAGACUGGUAUAAGAGUGAGUCUGGGGUGUGGCAGGCGCCAGAAAUCCUCGAAGCUUUCAGAAGCGUUCAGAAUGCCUACCAUCAGCUCCUGAAUCAGGGAUUUUCAGCACUACCUCUGAGCCAUGGGGGUGGCUGCCUAGCCAGGCUUCCAGGCCCUGAGGACAUGUGGUCAGGUUCAGCAGGCUCCUGGGUAAAGAGCGUGGGAGGGAGCUUCUCCUUUUGGAAGCAGAUAGCCGUGCAGGUAGAAUUGUCAUCUCCCAAGUGGCCACAUACAGCAACCCGCUCCAGGCCAUGGGGACCACCACUCAGGGUUUGGGGCUGGCAGGAGGGCAGUUUCUCCAGUCUCCCCAGUCUGUUGGUGUCUUUAUAGGAAACUAUAAAGCAGAGCAGUGGUGUCUUUAGAGGAAACUCAUUCAAGUCAGGGCACUGAUUUUCCUCUCAGUUUAUUAUUUGGGGGGAUAGGGUCAGGUGGGUAUAGUAGUACUUCACCAGGGUGCUUUUAAGUUACUUUAAAAAAAAAAAAAAAGCCUACAAAAUAUAUUUUUUCUUUUAUUUGCUCAAGUUCAUAUUAAUGAUGGUCACAAGGCUGCCUUGUUGGGCAGGCAUGUUGCCCCCAUUUCCUCUUCUGCUGGCCUGUGUGACCUCCACAGCCAGGCCCUGGGCCCAAGCCCCUCAUCCCUUCUCCACUGCCCCUAUUUCCAGACAGUAAAGGCCAUGGUCAGGGUGUUUUUCACUUGUAAACUAACCCCAGCUUAUUUAACAGAAAUGCUCAUAACCUACUGGGAAAGAUGGAGGUCUAAAUUACCUCCAGGGUUUUUCUGGGGCUUUAUCAUCAGUGUAGGUCCCCUCUGAUACCAUCAGGCUCACUCCAGGCAGAGUGGGGCAGAAGGCUGCUGAGGAUGUGGGCCCUCAAAGGGCUGGCCUGCUUCUCAGCCUACAUUUAUUUGCAAGCUUCACUCUCUGGACCGUCUGGUGUUCACAGGUGUUAGAGGAUCGGGGCUAGCUUCAGAUUUGAUUCAUAGGUAGGAGGGCUUAGAUUUUAAGGCACUUCUGAACGUCAAUCCCUGGACAAGGCAGUCAUCACAUAAGAACAGCUACCUUCUCCACUUCGUGGCACAAGAGGUAAGGAGGGGAGUAUGGGUUCAUUUGGCUUCGCAUUAUGCAAGUUGAAACCGUUUGUUUCCCCUCUCCAUUUUCCCUAACUGAAUGAAAGGACACAUUCUGAAAUCCCUUUUGUUGGAGAAUUAUUCAGUCUGAGGGGAAAUGGGAGGCCAGAGAUGAGAACCCUUUGAGAAGAUUGUAAAAUACUGAUUUUCAUUCUUUCAAGCUUAUUUGUAAAUACCUAUUUGAAUGCUGUGUAUUUGUACAGGAAUUUGAGCAAAAAAUGUAUAGCGUGUGAUGUCCAAUUGGUAUUCAGCACUAUAAAUGUGUUUUUAACCUCACGCAUUCUGUGCUUAUUUAAAACAAGAAAACUUCUAACCAUUCUUUUGUGUAUUCAUGUUUAAAGAAAACAAGUGAUUUAAAAAUGAUCUUACCUGUACCAGAAAAGCAAAGUUAAAGGAAACAAAAUUUGUACCAUUGUCCCAAGAGGUAUUAUUUUACUGUAUAUAUUGUGGUAGCAUGUUCAAAAUCCAACAAGUAAUGUGAAUUUUAGAUGUAAAUAUCUGCCACUUGAUUUUUUCCCCCUUUCCCCACUUCCUUGACUGCUGUGAUGUGAAUUAAAGAUGAAUAUCUGAUAAUGA